GGUUCAAUCAAGGUCUCUUCACCGCGGGAACUGCCGCUGGCGGACUGGCCUGUGCCAAACAAAACAAAAGCUCUCCCCCACACCGGGACGUCACACCGAGUCGCGACAGCUUACACGCGACUCCUCAAUCCUGCAACUCCAGUCUCAACCAUUUGGCCAUCACCGCUAUACACGCCUUGCAGUUAGUUCAUCGCAAUGGCUCCCGGUCAGAAGGCAUACCCGCGCGGUACCGUCAAAAAGAUUGUCAAGGCUCACUCAAACUGCAACCUGAGCAAGAAUGUGGACGUAAUGAUCUAUCUCGACUAUGUUCUGUUCAUGCAGACACUGGUCAAAGAGGCCGCCAUUGAGUCGAAGAAGUCUGGCGAAAGAGGCAUCACGGCCCGAAGUGUCAAGAAGGUGACCUCGGAUACUCUCACCAAGUUCCGAGGUUGACAGUUCAACCCAUCGAUACCAGAGAUCCAGAAGCUAUUCGAGACUUACACAGGCCCAUCUACUUCGCGACCCGAGGCCGUCAGUGCCAUCAACUUGGCUGGAUACGCCAGAAUGCGAUCCUGAUGCUGCCACAUGGUGACCAGCAACACAAUAACAUGCCGGGUAGAGAAGGAUUAUGCAAAAGAUAGAAUCAACCCCGAGGUUUGGGCGUUGACGCGACGGAACAGAGCCUCACCUCAUGCGGGCCACCAUCUUGUUCGUCGGAUCGGCACGCAAUGGUUGGAGCAGCAGGGCGUGGGUAUUCAGUGGCCCCUUCGUCUGAACAGCACCGGCCGGUAGUGCGUCUCCAUUGAUU